CCGAGGGACGGAGGAGGAGCCGCCGCCGCCCCUGCAGGCAGUGCUGGUGGCCGACAGCUUCGACCGCCGCUUCUUCCCCAUCUCCAAGGACCGGCCUCGGGUUCUCUUGCCUCUGGCUAAUGUGGCAUUAAUUGACUACACUCUAGAAUUUCUAACUGCCACAGGUGUGCAGGAAACCUUUGUCUUUUGUUGCUGGAAGGCUGCUCAAAUCAAAGAACAUUUACUAAAAUCCAAAUGGUGCCGUCCCACAUCCCUCAAUGUGGUUCGGAUCAUUACGUCGGAGCUGUAUCGCUCACUGGGAGACGUCCUCCGUGACGUGGAUGCCAAGGCCCUGGUGCGCUCCGACUUCCUUCUGGUGUAUGGGGAUGUCAUCUCAAACAUCAAUAUUACCAGAGCCCUGGAGGAACACAGGUUGAGACGGAAGCUAGAAAAAAAUGUAUCUGUAAUGACAAUGAUCUUCAAGGAGUCAUCCCCCAGCCACCCAACUCGUUGCCAUGAGGACAGCAUGGUAGUGGCCGUCGAUAGUGCCACAAACCAGGUUCUCCAUUUCCAGAAGACCCAGGGCCUCCGGCGUUUUUCAUUUCCUCUGGGCCUGUUCCAGGGCAGUGGCGAUGGGGUGGAGAUUCGAUAUGAUUUGCUGGAUUGUCACAUCAGCAUCUGCUCUCCUCAGGUGGCGCAGCUCUUUACCGACAACUUUGACUAUCAAACCCGGGAUGACUUUGUAAGAGGCCUCUUAGUGAACGAAGAGAUCCUGGGGAACCAGAUCCACAUGCAUGUCACAACUAAGGAAUAUGGUGCCCGGGUCUCUAACCUACACAUGUACUCAGCUGUCUGUGCUGACGUCAUCCGCCGAUGGGUCUACCCGCUCACCCCAGAGGCAAACUUCACAGACAGCAGCACUCAGAGCUGCACUCAUUCCCGGCACAACAUCUACCGAGGGCCCGAGGUCAGCCUGGGCCGUGGCAGCGUCCUAGCGGAAAACGUGCUCCUGGGCCCUGGCACUGUUAUCGGCAGCAAUUGCUCCAUCACCAACAGUGUCAUUGGCCCUGGCUGCCACAUUGGUGAUAAUGUGGUGCUGGACCAGGCCUACCUGUGGCAGGGCGUCCGAGUGGCCACUGGAGCACAGGUCCAUCAGUCUCUGCUCUGCGACAAUGCCGAGGUCAAGGAGAGGGUGACCCUGAAGCCACGCUGUGUCCUCACUUGCCAGGUGGUAGUGGGCCCAGACAUCACACUGCCUGAGGGCUCGGUGAUCUCUUUGCACCCUCCAGAUGCAGAGGAAGAUGAGGAUGAUGGCCAGUUCAGUGAUGAUUCUGGGGCCAACCAAGAAAAGGAGAAAAUGAAGAUGAAAGGUUAUAAUCGAGCAGAAGUAGGAGAAGCGGGCCAGGGCUACCUCUGGAAAGCUGCAGACACGAACAUGGAGGAGGAGGAAGAGCUACGGCAGAAUCUGUGGGGACUCACAAUUAAUAUGGAAGAAGAGAGUGAAACUGAAAGUGAGCGAAGUAUGGAUUCUGAGGAGCUGGAUAGUCGGGCAGGCUCCCCUCAAAUGGAUGACAUCAAAGUGUUUCAGAAUGAAGUUCUGGGAACAUUACAGCGGGGCAAAGAAGAAAACAUUUCUUGUGACAAUCUGGUGCUGGAGAUCAACUCACUCAAGUAUGCCUACAACAUAAGUCUGAAGGAGGUGAUGCAGGUGCUGAGCCACGUGGUCCUGGAGUUCCCCCUGCAGCAAGUGGAGGCCCCGCUCGACCCAAACCGCUACUGUGCCCUGCUACUUCCUCUGCUCAAGACCUGGAGCCCUGUUCUCAGGAACUACAUAAAGCGCGCAGCUGAUCACUUGGAAGCAUUGGCAGCCAUCGAGGAGUUCUUCCUGGAGCAUGAAGCCCUCAGUACUUCCAUGGCCAAGGUACUGAUGGCUUUUUACCAACUGGAGAUCCUGGCUGAGGAGACAAUCCUGAGCUGGUUCAGCCAAAGGGAUAUAACUGACAAAAGCCGGCAGUUGCGUAAAAAUCAACAGCUCCAGCGGUUCAUCCAGUGGCUAAAGGAGGCAGAAGAGGAGUCAUCUGAGGAUGACUGAAGUCAUACUGCGACUGCUCUGUGGGGGUGACUGGUUGCCCUGCUGGCACUGGGCCAGGUCCAGGAGGAGCUAGUUGCAGAAGGAUGAACAACCACCACCCAGGCUGGGACUGAAAGGAUCAGAGGCUGGAACAACAGUAUUCUUCCCGCUGCCAGCAACCAUGUGCCUCCCAUCCUGACUGGGAGUUGGGAUGAGGGAAGUUGGGCUGAAACAAAGCCUCAGACUAGGGAGGAGCUAGGCAGGCUUUGCAGCCAGAGGAAGGCCAAGGGAACAGCUUUGUGCUCUGGCUUUCCCUCAGGGAACAGCAGAGAGCAGCUGGCCCUCUCUGCUGCUUGUAUUUGUUACUAUUAAAAAAAGAGGUGUA